GAGGAAGAACGGGAACAUGCAGGAGACAAGGGUCUGAUCCGUGAGAAGGGUAGAGCUGGCACGGCCGCGGUAUUUGGAGAUUCAAAGUCUCGCCUACCCAUCACUCAUCUGAAUUUUACAGCCAGCUCCAAAAGGAAACCAUACUUUCCCCCGCUUUACAGAUAAGGAAACUGAAGUUCAAAGAGAUGAAGAGACUCGCCCAAGGUCCCACAUCUCACAGACAGGACUGCGGUGGGUGUGGGGAGCCCGUGCUGCUCUUACUGCCCCCGCUGCUCCUGCGGGAUCCGAACAAGAACCUUUUUUUGUGUCCUUGCGGGGAUGCCCUUUGGAGAGCCGCCCAGUGGCAAAGAGGCCCGGCUAAGAGCGAGCCGGGUCGGGCGGGGUGGGGUGCCCCCCUCCAACCUAGCUCCGCCCCCAGGGGCGCGGGGCGGGGAGCGGCGGGCGGACUGGGGGCGCGCCGGGCGGGUAGAGCUGCCGGCGGCACAGAGCUCGCAGUGCGGCCCGCGCUUCCCAGUGUCCGCGCCCGCUGUUCGUGCCCGCCGUGCCCGUCCCGCCAUGACCGCGGCCGCCGUCCCGCUCCGGCCUGGACCGGGGCCACUGCCUCUGCUCUUGCUGCCUCUGCUGCUGCUGCGCGCCGGCCCGGUGCGCGCCGACAGUAAGGUGUUUGGCGACGUGGACCAGGUGCGCAUGACCUCCGAGGGCUCCGACUGCCGCUGCAAGUGCAUCAUGCGGCCACUGAGCAAGGACGCGUGCAGCCGGGUGCGCAGCGGGCGGGCGCGGGUGGAGGACUUCUACACUGUGGAGACCGUGAGCUCGGGGACCGACUGCCGCUGCUCCUGCACCGCGCCGCCCUCCUCACUCAACCCCUGCGAGAACGAGUGGAAGAUGGAGAAGCUCAAGAAACAGGCGCCCGAGCUCCUCAAGCUGCAGUCCAUGGUGGAUCUCCUGGAGGGCACCUUGUACAGCAUGGACCUGAUGAAAGUGCACGCCUACGUCCACAAGCUGGCUUCCCAGAUGAACACGCUGGAAGAGAGCAUCAAGGCCAACCUGAGCCGGGAGAACGAGGUGGUGAGGGAGAGCAUGCGCCACUUCAGCGAGCAGCUGAAGCACUACGAGAACCACUCGGCCAUCAUGAUGAGCAUCAAGAAGGAGCUCUCCAGCCUGGGUCUCCAGCUGCUGCAGAAGGAUGCAGCCUCGGUGCCCGGCGCCCCCCCAGCCACCGGCCCUGGCAGCAAGGCUCAGGACACAGCUGGAGGGAAAGGCAAGGACAGCAACAAGCAUGGCAGCGUGCAGAAGACCUUUGUGGACAAGGGCCUCCCCAGACCUCCCAAGGAGAAGCUGCUGAAGGCGGAAAAGCUGAAGAAGGAGGGUGGCAAGGCCCGAUUCCCUCAGCCCACAGCCAAGCCCCGGGCCCUGGCCCAGCAGCAGGCCGUGAUCCGAGGCAUCACCUACUACAAGGCGGGCAGGAAGGAGAUGACCGAAGCCAUGGCUGGCAGAGAGGCAAGCUGUGAGGGCACCCUGCGAGCCGUGGACCCCCCCGUGAGGCACCACAGCUACGGGCGCCAUGAGGGAGCCUGGAUGAAGGACCCUGCUGCCAAGGAUGACAAGAUCUAUGUCACCAACUACUACUAUGGAAACAGCCUGGUGGAAUUCCGCAACCUGGAGAACUUCAAGCAAGGCCGCUGGAGUAACAUGUACAAGCUGCCCUACAACUGGAUCGGCACGGGCCACGUGGUGUACCAGGGCGCCUUCUACUACAACCGCGCCUUCACCAAGAACAUCAUCAAGUACGACCUCCGCCAGCGCUUCGUGGCCUCCUGGGCGCUGCUGCCCGACGUGGUGUACGAGGACACCACGCCCUGGAAGUGGCGCGGCCACUCGGACAUCGACUUUGCCGUGGACGAGAGCGGCCUGUGGGUCAUCUACCCCGCCGCGGAUGACCGCGAUGAGGCCCAGCCCGAGGUGAUCGUGCUCAGCCGCCUGGACCCGGGCGACCUCUCUGUGCACCGCGAGACCACGUGGAAGACGCGGCUGCGACGCAACUCGUACGGGAACUGCUUCCUGGUGUGCGGCAUCCUGUACGCGGUGGACACGUACAACCAGCGGGAGGGCCACGUGGCCUACGCCUUCGACACGCACACCGGCGCCGACGCCCGCCUGCAGCUGCCCUUCCUCAACGAGCACGCCUACACCACGCAGAUCGACUACAACCCCAAGGAGCGGGUGCUCUACGCCUGGGACAACGGCCACCAGCUCACCUACACCCUCCACUUCGUGGUCUGAGCGGGGACCUGCGCUCGCGGGAGCGGAGUGGCCGUGGGCACGGGGGCUCCCCACAGCAGCUCCUGCAAGGCACCUCCUCAGCAACUCUUCAUUGGGAGCCGGGCCUGGCGCGAGGUGCUGGGCAGGUGGGGUAGCCAGGAUCAAGCUUCCUUAGUGCUCAGUGGAGUAAUCAUCGCUUCCAGUUACAGAAUAUUGUGCCAAGAACUUCACUGUGCACGAACCCACUUAAUCCUCCUAAUGACACUCUUGGAGGGAGAGACCACUAGCCCCCUUAACGGAUGAGGAGACUGAGGCCUCAGCUUGGAUCAGGCAGGCCUGUUUCACCGAUGAGGAGACCGAUCAUAUUCUCCCCUCCCUCCUGUUCUCCCAAACCUGUUUCCCUUCCCUCCGGCUACUCAAAACCAGAGGCUUUGGGGAUCAACACGCUUGCGUUGGGUGGAGGUCCGGCUCUGUGUGCCACCCCAGGCCCCUAUUCUGACUGAGCUAUUGGUGGCCCUGGACUUUGGGCCCUUGGCUAUUGUCUCUGCUCCUUGCCUUUGGCCACCCCCCCACCCCAUUCCCACCCCACCCGCUGUCAGACUGCAUUCCAAACCUCCACAGUCACCCAGCCACUGAGCAGAAACCACACCCCGAGAAAAAAAUACGAGCCCUCGUUCCAAGACCCCCCCCCCCGUACUCAUUUUUAUUUUCUCUUAUUCUUCACCAGUGCCGUCAUUUGUUUCUGCAGGAGCAGCUGAGGAGGCUGCAGGCAGCUGCCUGCCAGCAGCAACUCUACCAGGGUGGGGAACUGGGCCAGGCCCCGAGGCUCCCUCUCCACCCAGAAGUGCUGGCUUUGGCCACAUACCCAGGUUGUGGGACCUCUCCCCUGUCCCUCCCAGAGCCUUUGGGCCUGGGAUCCACCUCGUUCUUUCUCUCUGUUUGAACCCACAACGUAUACACACUCAGGGAUACCUCUAGGUCUGCCAUGAGCAGGACGCUAGGCCUGAGGCUGGGUAGUGCCAGGAUGAAACAGGUUCGCUCCUCCUUGUCAGUCCUAACCUGGUCAUUGGCUGGGCUGGCCCAGCAGCCUGGGGACUGGAGGGGGCUGAGAUGUGGGCAGUCAGGUCCAGAGGAGGCUUCGGACCUUCUGGUUGCAGGGAAGAGCCAGAGGGUGGCAGCUGAGAGGGAAGGAGAAAGGGGGUCUGUGGCUUGAGCUUUUCUUGGCUGCAGAGAGGUUGGUGACAGGGCUGCCCAGAGCCCAAGACUUGGGACCGAGGAUGCACAUACAGGCUACCUCGCCCAGGGCUGCUGCUGGCUCCACCGAGCCGCAGACUCAGACAGCCCAGAGGAGGAGACCUUCAGGCCUGCCCUCACCUGCUCUGAACAGCAUUUUCAGAGCUGGGACGUUCCCCAGUCCAACUCCCUGUUUCACCAAAGGAGAGACAGGCCCAGAAAGGUUUAGAGAAGGGCUCAGGGCCACGAAGAACAGGACACAGCCGAGCUCCUUCCAGAAGGGCUUUGUCUGUAUCCUUUAUUUUCCUGGCUUCAAGGCAGCUAGGCAAUAGGCCACCCAGCACCCAAGCCACCCCAGUACCUCUGAAGGGUAUUUACUGCUGGUCUCUAUACAAACCAGCCCUUGGUAUCUGUACACGUGAACACCCAGCUGCCAUGUUAGGAAAUUCAACUGCAUACCCAAGAGUGUAAGGAAAUGCUUUUGUGCAGAAUAUAUUUCUUUCAGGCAUUGUCAGGUAAUGUGGUUUUGUUUAAGCUAUAAAAUUAACUCACCCCUGAAAUAAAGGGGGAAGAUGAUGCCCAGCCAAGCACAGCCUGACUCAUAGGGGUGAAUACGUCCAGCCUCCCCUACCCAACCGAAGGCUGAGGGUUCCACUUGCAGACUCUUCAGGGGGCUGUGAGUCCCAGUGUUUCCCUGGGCCCUGGGUGUGGGUUUUAGAAAACUGUCUUUUUGAUAUCAUGGCCCAACCAUGUGAGAAGUAUUCAGGCUCCUCUUUCCCCAUUAGUCUGAGAAAAAGGAAAAUUAGAAUGGACUGAUUGUUGAAGGACAAGCAAGAUGGUGUUAUGGAAUUUCCCUUGUGGCCCAGCAGGUUAAGGAUCUGCAUUGUCACUGCAGUGGCCUGGGUCACUGCUGUGCUGUGGGUUUGAUCCCUGGCCCGGGAAUUUUUACAUGCUACCAGCACAGCCCAAAAAAAAAGUUUUCUGGGGGAGAGGAUGCUGGCUGCAGCCUCUAAACAUUCACUGAGCCCCUUCUGUUUUCGGGCCUUUGCAUGUGGGUUGUGCUGUAGGUAGAGUUUUUCCUCACUUUACAGAUGGUCAAACUGGAGCUCAGAGAAGCUAAAUGGAGGCGGUUAAGUGGAGAACCAGGUUCCCAAAUCCUGUCGUAUAAUCUGAGCAUCAACAGAGGGUUAGCUUAGGGAUGCCACGUGCGUGUUUUUCUUGCAUCAUCCCAACAGUGGAAGGUAUAAUACUCUGAGUGUGCCCAUUUUACAGACAAGGAAACUGAGGUAAAGGAACUUACCCAAAGUCACAAGGCAGCUUAGUCUGUAGUGCAGUCAGGGUUUCAGGGCUGGUCGGUACAUGUUUGUUGCCAAUUGUGUGUCACUCUAGCAGCGGCUCUAGAAAUGACGGCUGUUUUUUUUCACCAGUGUGGCUAAGCUGCAAACUGCAUCUACAUAGGAGAUCCAAGAAAGAGGCUGGGGUCAGAUUUAUAAAAAGCCUUGACUGCCAAGCCAAGGAGUGACUGCCUCCGAUAACAUUUGGAACAAAAUUAAGUGUGAAUUAACAGAGAAAAGGAAAUUCUAAGACAGUUGGAUUUUGUCCUAUCAGAGAUGCGAAGCAGGGAAGAGUUUCUGUGGUGGGCUUUAUCAUGUUUGGUAAUAAGUACUUCAAGCUAGGAAGGAAGAGGGCCAGGCUUUCCUACCAGCCUCAGCAGUAAGGCAAAGGAAGCUGAUUCUUUUUUCUGAACAACAUGAUACACAAAGAGGCUUUGGUGGCCACCUUUGCUCCUUUCCUAGAGAUUUCUAGGCCUUAAUAUUCAAUUUGCUCUGCUUGGGGGAAAAAAAGAGACCUCUGCCUUGGUGGGCAGCCCUAAAGGUGAGGGUGAGGGUUUUUUCCUAGGAAUGACUUGAGGGUUCCUGAAAGCCCAUGGGUUUCUUCUAAAGCAUCCUUUCCUCCAUGACAGCAUUGCAAACCACUCUGGGCACAGGAGGCCACAGUGCUGGAUGGUUGUCGGGGAGCCCUGGAGAGCAGUGAGGGAGUCCUUCGUCAGAAUCAACUAUGCUCCGAGCAGCUGCGCAAUUGGGCAGGGACGUGACCGACAGAGGGGACAGAUGUCACCUCCCUUUUCUGGCUGGAGACCUGCAACUUAGGACAAAGGGCAGCUGAGGGCCCCAAAGCGCCCUCCUGGUGCUAGAAGGCACCUUUACCCACAUUAUCACGAACCCACCCAAGGCUGGCGUUACUUUCUCCCCAUUGCAGGGGGCAAACCUCAAGUUCAGGAAGGUGAAGCAACCUGCUCAGGGUCACGAAUCUUUAACAAGUAGUGGAGUCAAGAGUUGAACCAGGUCUGUUUUUACACCGAAGCCCCAAACUGACGGUGGUUAGGAAUGUUGUAACUGGUCACAUUUUUGGCCACUGGGAAACUCAAAGUCAAAUUUGAGAUUAUUUGUAACAGUUGUACUGAGGCUCCUCCUCAACUCUGGCUUCAUUCUAGCUUUCUGCUUUUAUGUGUACCCUGAUCUCUUUCUUUUUGUUAUAUUUUAUCUAUUUUUGUAAAUUGCCACAAUAUGCCAGUAUGUUUUUUUUGUAACAAGGUAGAUGAUACCUAAAUAAAACACAUGAUCAAAGGCUUGAUUUAAUAAUUUUAA